GAGAGCGGCGCGAGGCCGCGCCGGGCCGGGCGCUUGGGGCGCCGCGAUCGCGCUCCGGCUCCGCUCCGGCUCCGUUCCGGCUCCGCUCCCGCCCCGCUCCCGCCAUGGCAGCACCGCCCGCAGGGUUUGCCAGGUAAAGAUCCCUGCUGUCCUCCCCAGACUGUCGGGUCAAGCUGUCUCUGUCCACAUGUCCUUCAGGACCCUGGGCCUAGCCAAAUUUGACUUCUGAAGCUUCUCAGCAGAACGUGGAUGCCGAGCGUGGGGGCUGAUGCAGAGGAGGCUGCGUGGCAGUGACCUGGGACUCGUAAAGAAUUUCUCCACCGUGUCAGUGAUACCACACCUGCGUGACACCUGUGCAGCCGGUGGGGCUGGUGGUGCUCAGCUGCUGGCUGAGGUGAACCACGACGAAGUGUUAUCUGGUGUUUUCUGCCCCAGGAAGAGGCAGAGUGAUGUUUGAGUGAUGCCCUGAGCAGGAAGAGCUGCAGGGUCAGCCGCAGCUCUCUCACGCUGGUUGUUUCUGGCGCAGGGAGGAGGCGCUGAGCCAUGCUGCACGGGAAGGCCGGACCCGCGGGUCCAGGAGGCUCUGCUGCGGCAGCCCCCGAGGAGUCUGCGAGCCGGGACACGGCGGCUGCCUCGGGCAAGCACUACCUGUGCGGCUACUGCGCGGCCUUCACCAACAUCGCGGUGACGUUCCCCAUCCAGAAGGUGCUGUUCCGGCAGCAGCUGUACGGGCUGCGCACGCAGGACGCCGUGCGCCAGCUGCGCCGCGACGGGCUGCGCACGCUGUACCGCGGCAUCCUGCCCCCGCUCAUGCAGAAAACCACCACACUGGCGCUCAUGUUCGGCCUCUACGAGGAUUUCUCGGCGCUGCUGCUCAGCCACGCGCGCGCGCCCGAGCUCCUCACGCGCAGUGCGGCGGCCGCCCUGGCUGGCACCACCGAGGCCGUGCUCACGCCCUUCGAGCGCGUCCAGACGCUGCUCCAGGACUACAAACACCACGAUAAGUUCACAAACACUUACCAGGCUUUCAAGGUGCUGAAAGCAUACGGGAUGCGGGAGUAUUACCGGGGAUUGGUACCUAUUCUGCUCCGAAACGGGCCCAGUAACGUGCUCUUCUUUGGCCUGCGGGGGCCCAUCAAGCAGUGUCUGCCUGAAGCCACCUCGUACAGUGCUCACAUGGUCAACGACUUCAUCUGCGGGGGGCUGCUGGGCGCUGUGCUGGGCUUCUUGUUCUUCCCUGUGAAUGUCGUAAAAACUCGCAUGCAAGCUCAGAUUGGUGGCGAAUUUCAGUCCUUCUCCAAAGUGUUAGUGAAGAUCUGGCUGGAACGCGACAGGAAGCUGAUGCACCUCUUUAGAGGAGCCCACCUGAACUACCACCGCUCUGUGCUGUCCUGGGGGAUCAUCAACGCCACCUACGAGUUCCUGCUGAAGCUGCUGUGACCCCCGUCCUGCUCGUGGUGUGUUGGCACUCAGUGUCCUCAGUCCCAGGGAACAGUGCCUGUGCAUGUGACAGGUAAUUCCUUCCAGCCUUCAGUAUUUAUGGGGUGAAUGGUGAUACAUGUAAACCUUGGUGCAAUUAUGAUGAACUUUUUAAAGUAUUCCUUUGCUGGCAGGUGAGUUUACCCCUUACAGAGCUACUUGACGAGGUCUAAAAGAGAAAACAAAAAUACUUGUAUUACUGUGUAUCACUCCCAAAAUUCCUUAACGCUCUGUGAUGGGAUGUGCUCCACUGCCCAUGUUUAGAACAUGAGAAUCAAGGAGGGGCUGAAGAAAAACAAUUCCACUGCCUGAUCAUCUUCCAAGUCUCGAUUUUGGAACUGCAUUUUCAGAUGUUUUGGGGUCCUCAUUGUGUAAAGCUCAAAGGACUGAUCCAGAAGGGGAUGACUGAAGUGCAGAGCUCCCAGCUGCACCUCAGCUUGCUGCAGCCACUGCAAAGCGUGGCCUGUGGUGACCUUGUCCUCCAGCCAUGGCACUGAACGUGUGACCUCAGCCCAGGCUGGAUUUCUGUGUGUGUGUGUGUACGUGUGUACGUGUGCCUUCCUGUGAAAAGGGAAAAGUGGAAGGAAUGGAACAGCAAACUUACUAAAGCUUUAAAGUGUCCUUCCUCAUUAAAAAACACGGAGUCUGUUCUGCUUUUUGAGAGGAUUUUUUUUUUUCUGCAUUGCUGCUUUUUCUGUUGCCUCCAGCUACAGGAUCAGGGAGAUGUCCCUGUCUGUAACGCUCAUGGGACACUCCAGCUCUUGCAGCUGCUCAAGCACUUCACACAUGGCUUUUUGCACUGCAGCAUCUUUUCUCAGUUCCCUCUGUGGAAUUACAGAUCACGAGAUGGUUUUACCCAAAACUCGGGGUUCUGCCUGCUUGGUGUGUACUGUUAACAGUUCUGCAAGACAGAGUGGCACAGACAAGGUGAGAUUCCUGGGUUACCUGCUUCAGUGGAGGUCUGUAGGUAUAGCAGAGACGAAAAGCCAAAGAUGACCUUGGAAGCAGGGAGGCAGGAAAGGUGGAGUGUUUGGAGACAUGUUUCAGGACUUCUGUAGGCAAAUAUUGAAAAGGACUGACAGAAAUAGAACUGUGUCUUACAGACAUGGGAGUUGAGAGAGAGGAGACUUCAGGCUUUAGAUACAGGGACAGAAGAGCAAGCACAACUCUGAGCUAGAUGAGGGUCCCAACAAAAAGCGUUUGAAUCUCCCUGAGGGCUUCCUCUUUUAGUUAAAUUAUACACUCAUGUAUAAACCAAAACACUUUGGAUGAUGGGGAGCAGCAGAGCUUCCAGAAACUGGUUUGAAUUUAGUCUUUUCUUAAGUCUUGGAGGGGAUAUUGCUUUUCUGAAUUUGAGUUUUCCAUUUGCUGAAACUGUCUUCCGAAAUUGAUGCUAAUCAGUGUGUUGUAAUCAUAAACACAGUCCUGAGCUUCACAGCCGGCAGUGGGUGGGCACAAGCACGAGUUCCUGUAUCCCAGUGGUGAUUAUCUGCUUCUAAAUAAAAUGUUUACUGGAUGUUUGUUACUGGCAGAAUCUGAUUUUUACCAGUGUACCAUUUUUUUUCUUUUUGUAAUCAAUCCUUGAUGGAAUAAAAACAAAUCUGCAUCCUG